AUGCGCAUCGCAAUUAUCGGAGGAGGUCCCUCGGGUCUCGUGACACUCAAGUACCUCAAGCAGUCCCAGGAGCUCUUUCCGAACCAGCGGAUCGAGGUGAAGCUAUUCGAGGCUGCGCCCAAGAUUGGCGGCAUCUUCUUCCACCACACCUACGAAAAGGCUGAGCUCGUGUCGUCGAAGUUCCUGACUAGCUUCUCGGACUUUCGCCCCCGCCGCGACGACCCCGAUUUCCUCUCAGCAGAACGCUACGUCGAGUACCUUGAAGAGUAUGCGACCGAGUUCGGCCUCUGGCCGAAUAUUCAUCUGUCAACGAAGGUCGCCUCGGUAGUUCGCGGUGAUAUUUCAGGCCACGUCAUCAAAUAUGAGACGCCCGAGGGAGAGAUCGAAUGGGAGUGUGAUGCCGUUGCCGUCUGCUCCGGCCUCCAUGACCGACCUAACAUUCCUGACCUCAAGGGCGUCGAGAAUGUGCCAGUGGUGAUGCACUCGGAGAAGUUCAAGCAUAGUGAGCAGUUUGGCGUUGACAAGACCGUUAUGGUCAUCGGCGUUGGCGAGACAAGCUUCGAUAUCUGCGCCCUGGCCAUCAACGCGCCGACCAAGAGAGUCGUCGUGUGCCACCGUCACGGUUGCAUCUGGGAGAUCCCCGAAGAAGAGAACAAGACAUUCCUCGAUGGCUCCCUUCCCAUCGACGUCAGCCACCUGUCGCUCUUUGACACGAGCUACGUGCACCCUGUCGCCCGAGACUCUAUGAUCGUGUGGGACCACUACGACUCGGUAGCCGUCGGCAGCAGCUGGAUUUCCACCGGCACAGCCCUCGGGUUUGACCAGUUCGUCGGGCCCGUCGCUCCCGAACGUCUUCAUGCUUCGCGCCCCAACCCAAAAGUCUUCUUCAACAAGGCCUGGACCAAGGUCUCGAAGCACAUUUCGCCGCCCUACCGCCCUACCGAGCCCGCCACACUGGGCGACCGCAUCCGCAACUUCAUGGUCCACACCCCAGUCGAGGUUGCCGACCGCCUCAUCGACGUUGCACCCUAUCCUACGCAUAUUGACGACAAUGGCGUCGCCCACUUCCGCGACAACGGUGGCGAGGACUAUCAGCGCAUUAAGGAUGAGGUCAUCAAGCCUGAUGUCAUCGUCUUCGCGACCGGCUAUCUUCAGAGCUUCCCUUUUCUCGAGGCAAAGGCCAACACGGGUCGCAAGCCCUACCCGCGAGCCGAUGAGGCCGACGUGCGCGAGAUUUGGAGGCGUGACGAUCCUACGGUCGGGUUCAUUGGAUUCGUUCGCCCUGGCUUCGGUGCGAUUCCGCCGCUGUCGGAGCUGCAGGCCAUGCUCUGGAUUCUGAACCUCGCCGGUCGGGUGAGGAAGCCGUUGAAGCUUGACGACCAGUGGCACUACCGCAUCAUCGCGCCACCCAGCGCCAGACUGACAUAUGGAGUCGAGCAUGACAGCUAUGCUUUCCAGCUCGCCGAGGACAUGGAUGCCGUGCCGGGCAUCAAGGAUGUUGUGAGGCUAGGCCUGACCAAAGGCACCGGACCCUUCUGGAGAUUGCCCUGGAUCUGGGCGUCUGCCCCCAAUUUCACAGUCAAGUUCAGGCUGGUCGGUCCCUGGGCAUGGGAGGGUGCGACGAACGUGAUGACCGACGAUAUGUGGGAAGUUGUUUCGAGAAGGAGGGGUCUAUUCAACAACUUCACCCUAGGUCUGAUGCCAAUGAUGCAACUCGGACCCGUCCAUCUUUUCCUCUUCUUCUACGCUCUAUUCUUCAAUUUCCUCGCCGUGUUUGGUUUGGCCAAGCCUGUCAAGCCUGUUAGUGAGCCGAAGAAGAGGAUUGAGGAGCUCGCGCGAAGGGAGAAGAAGUUGGAGGGCAUCAAGAUCAACGGCACACACUGA